UGCCGGAGCAGCAGAACUGCGAUGUAAACAAGAGGAGAAAAACAUCUACAUAUCUUCUUAUUUUUCGUCUUCUAUCGAAUCCUAACCGAGAUAAACCCGCAGUUCGUGGGUUUAGGACGUGUUUAAACCCGCAGUUCGUGGGUUUAGGACGUGUUUUAGGACGUAUUUGGAUAACAUUAUGGACGACAGCAAGAUGCCGGCGGGGAAGGUGAAGAAACCCGGGAAACGCGGCCGUAAACCGGCCAAGAUCGACCUGAAGGCCAAGCUGGAGCGGAGCCGGCAGAGCGCCAGGGAGUGCCGGGCCCGGAAGAAGCUCCGGUACCAGUACCUGGAGGAGCUGGUGGGGGGACGGGAGAGAGCUAUCUGUGCCCUGAGGGAGGAGCUGGACAUGUAUAAGCAGUGGUGUUCUGCCAUGGACCAGGGGAAGAUCCCGUCGGAGAUCAAGGCUCUACUGACGGCCGACGAGAAGACGAACCACGGAGGAACCAAGACGUCCAAGAGCAAGAGCCACGGGGGAGGCCACGCCCCCUAGAGCCGGGGCCACGCCCCCUGGACACGCCCCCUGCUAGAGACAUGCCCCUUCAGCUGGAGACACGCCCCCUAGGGCAGGGGUCGGCAACCCGCGGCUCCAGAGCCGCAUGCGGCUCUUUAGCGCCGCCCUAGUGGCUCGUGGAGCUUUUUCAGAAAUUGUUUUUUUUUCAAUUUUUUCUUCUUUUUUUUCUUUUCUUUUUUCUUCUUCUUUUUUUCUCCCUUUUUUCCCCUUUUUUCUUCCUUUUUCCUUUCCUUUUUAAUCUCGACAUUUCGACUUUUUUCUCGAAAUCUUGACUUUUUUAUCGAAAUUUCGACUUUUUUCUUAAAUUUUAACUUUUUUCUCGACAUUUCCACUUUAUUCACGAAAUUGACUUUUUUUCUGGACAUUUCAACUUUUUUCUCAAAUUUAGACUUUUUUCUCGACAUUUAGACUUUUUUCUCGACAUUUAGACUUGGGGGGGGCACGCCCCCCUUGACACGCCCCCUAGAGACUAGAGACACGCCCCUUCCGCUUGAGAAACGCCCCCUGGAGAGAAAUUAUUACUCUUCCUGGUUUUACACAUAAAAAUAUACAUUUAUAUACAAUAUACAAGCCCAGAAACAAUAUGAUCCAUACUGAAGUUCCCUGCUUAAGUUAACACUUAACAGUCAAAUAAAACAACAUUAACAGGAAUAGUAAUAAUGCAACAUAACCUCAAUAACAACAUGAGAUUAUAGAGUAAUAGUGAUAAUAAAAUUGUGUGAUAGUGUCCUAUGUGUAUAGAAUUGUAGACAUGCACCGCCGUUAAGCACAAUCGUUUACCGGCGUCGGGCUGUUUGACGUUGUUUCAGUUUCUUUUAAAGCUUGCUUUAGUUUUUUCUUUAGUAAUCUGUUGUGGAAUAUAUAAUAUAUAACUGUUCUUUGCUGUAGGAACUAUAGCGCCCUCUGGUGGCCUAGAGACACGCCCCUAGACCCGCCCCUCCCGCUGGAGCCACGCCCCCUAGUUCAGGGAUCGGCAACCCGCGGCUCUUUAGCGCCGCCCUAGUGGCUCCUGGAGCUUUUUCUAAAAUGUUUGACCUUUUUUUUUCUCUUUCUUUUCUUUUUUCUUGUUUUUUCCUUUUUUUCUCUUUUUUCUUCCUUUUUCCUUUCCUUUUUAAUCUCGACAUUUCGACUUUUUUCUCAAAGUGCAUAAUGAAUAAAUAAAUCUCCCCCAGUUCUAACUAAUAUACAAACAUGCAGCUUGUGUUCCAUCUUUCUAAUUCUGAUACUUUAAAUUUUUUGCAGCUCCAGACAUUUUAGUUUUUUGUGUUUUUGGCUCUAAAACAUUUUGGGUUGCCGACUCCUGACAUAGAGACACGCCCCCUCCAGCUAGAGCCACGCCCCCUCCCGCUAGAGCCACGCCCCCUCUCGCUAGAGCCACGCCCCCUCCAGCUAGAGCCACGCCCCUCCCGCUAGAGCCACGCCCCCUCCCGCUAGAGCCACGCCCCCUCCCGCUAGAGAGAAGUUUACCUUGUAGUAAUUACUAAUCCAUUAGUUACUAGUAAUUACUAGUACUAACUAGUACAUUAGUUAGUACAUUAGUCGUACAAACUAGUACUUAUUAGUAAUGUAAUUACUAAUCCAUUAGUUAGUACAUUAGUCGUACUAACUAGUUUAUCUUGUAGCAUCUUUAUCUCCAGAUGGUUCUGAUGUUUGAAGGUUUCAGCACUUUAAGAUUGUAAAAGUUCAUUUUUAUAUGCAAAUAAAACAUUUAACCCUCGUUAACGAGUAAUUGGAUGAUUAUUCAACAAUUAAGACGAUGAAGAGGACGUAAGUGAAAAGGAAGAAAGAAGAAGAGCGAGGAAUAAGAAGAACA